AUGAGUCUUGACCAUGCGAAUGAUGUCAAAACAGCACGCUCGCUUCGUUGUGGAGAUGACCAGAGAAUUCUCGCAACGCUUGCCCGGCCACGAAUGCCGGCCCAGGUCGCCGCAAGACAACCCGCCGCCUCAAACUCCAACAUGCAGUACAGAGUAGCAAACGACAUUCAGGUCGGCGGCAGACGUGGGAAUUUGACUUCGGGUGAUUUUUUAUGUGUCGGCAACAUCAUCCCAUGGCGCCACACGAGGAAGGCGUUCGAGGCAGCUCCCCAGAAAAGCCCACCACAACCGGUACCACACUCUACAGCGUCUGUGCGGUCGCCCUCCUUUGUUCAACAACUUCCCCGUGUGGAAUCGAGUCCGGCGGCAGUUCGAAUCCAGGAGUCGACUGUUUCCAUUUUGGAUCGUGGCGCACAAAGAUCCGUUCGGGUCGCGCCAGGUCCCGUCACGGGAGGUGUGAGUUCCCUCGCUUAA